AUGCCCGUAACUUUCACAAAUCUUUACGAUCACGAUGCCGAACUAGACGUCGACUAUUACCUCAAUGUUCACAUGCCACUAGUCGCCAGAUUGCUCGGCCCAUCAGUCAUCAUAUCCUGGACACUAUGGAAACUGCCCGACGAUAGCCCAUUUUCUUACGAAGGUGCCGUGACUUGGGCCAGUAUUGAAGCGCGGGAUGCUGCUUUGAAGACCAAAGAAGGUAUUGAGUGUAAAGCGGAUUUACAGAAUUUCGUCAAGAAACCAGCCAUGGUGCUGUUGCGACAGGAGGUUGGUUCGGGAAAGGCUUGA